AUGGAGGCAUACGCCGAGGCCGUCUGUCAGCUUGCCGUCUCGAAGUGGGCAAAGUUGACCGUCAUGAAGGUCAAGCUUAAGCUCGACGCGAAUCGCAGGGCAACGUACAAGGAGAUGUCCAAAAAGGACGAGAAGCAGUUUUCGUGUGCGUAUACCGACUGGUGGACCACGCUUCGCCUGCACAAGAGACUCGUCACAGAGUCGGAGUUCCAGGCUCUCCGCGACAGCGGCUUCAUCAAGACGCUCAAAAAGGAGGAGAAGGGCAUGCCGCCCCUUGACGAGCGCUUCCGCGACCAUCUGCAGAAGAACGUGAGAGCAGCUGGGGAGGCGAUGGGUCCCCUGCAGAACGUGGCGAUGGGCCCUCUGCAGAACAUGAAGACAGCCGGUGCGGUGCAGCCUGCGCCGCCCGCGCCCAAGCCUGUUCAGGACGCGCGCGUUGAGGACCAGCGCCGCAGGCUGUCGGAGCUGGCACUCCAUUGCCUGCGGGAUCACGUCAUGCCUGGCGACAUGACGAGUUACAUGACGGAUCUGGCAGACCACGCGGCGAGCCUUCUCAACCUCAGGAACAAGGAUGACAUGCGACUCUCGGACAGCGACGUCGACGCGGUCAUUUCCGACCAGUGGCGUGUGUACAACGGCGACGGCAAGGUCGUAGAGAACGCCAAGGCUGCUUCGAGCUGGCACUGGAGUCGCAAGCAGGAGAAGCAGACACAGCAGAAGCAGCAGACGCAACAGCAGCAGCAGACGCCGAAUGUUGUGCAUACGUCUUGGCUGCCCCCUGAGUUGGCGGCUCCGACUGUCGCGUCGGCCUUCUCGCUGCCUUCGCUGCCGUCGAGGACUAUGCCACCCCACGGCUUCCCUCACAGCCGCCGUUGA